AUGUCAAUUCCGAGAUCAGAGUUGUGCGGCGCAUUGUUGUUAGCUCGUUUACUUGAAUUUAUAAAACCGAACCUCGUUAAUCUGGAUAUAGGGCAGGUUAUCGCAUGGUCAGAUUCAACCAUCACCUUAGCAUGGAUAAAAACUCCCACAGCCAAACUGAAGACCUUUGUUGCAAAUCGUGUGGCAAAGAUUCAACAAGUUACCUGUAUCGACACUUGGCGCCACGUUCCCACGGCAGAAAACCCUGCCGACUGCGCUUCUCGGGGUUUAGGACCUAAAGACUUAGCGAUGCAUGAACUUUGGUGGAAUGGACCAGAAUUUCUCCGCCACGGCCCUAGCGAUUGGCCUCAAAAAAUUCAAAUGACACCAAUGGAUUUCCUCGAAGAAGAAAUAGAAGAGAAACCUGUUACACUGACUGCUGUAAUAAAGGAAGAAGAAGUCGCACUGUUGCACCAUUCUGAUAACUUACCAAAAAUUCUAAGAUUAACCGUUUAUUUGAUACGUUUCCGCAAUCGACUAAGGGAUAAAACAUUUGCAUUAACCACUGCACUUCCAACAUCUGAGGAAACAGACUUUGCCUUGCAAGCCCUCGUGAGAUGGACACAACACGUUUUUUUCGCCGAUGACAUCAAGAAACUCGACCAGGACAGACUGUGCUCAAUGAAAUUACGUAAACUUGCACCGUUCCUGGACAAGCAUGGUCUACUCAGGGUGGGCGGUCGUCUAGCUAAUGCAACGAUGCCAUACAAUGAAAAAUAUCCCAUUUUACUGCCCAAGUGUUCACGUCUUACUGCGUUACUAAUUGACCAUGUUCAUAGAACCCAAAGUCAUCCCGGACCUCAAACACUUCAGAACAUCUUGUUUCAAGACUAUUGGAUAUUGUCGGCUCGCAGUAUUAUCAAAAAAAGGACACAUAAAUGCAUUCCAUGUUUUCGAGUGAAACCACGCAUGUCGCAGCCGGUCAUGGGAAAUCUACCACCACACCGUUUAACACAAAUCCAACCUUUCUCAAAAGUUGGAGUUGAUUUUGCUGGACCGUUUGAUGUCAAGGCUGCCAUGCUGCGAAAAGUUAAGGUAACGAAAGCCUAUAUUUGUGUCUUCGUUUGUAUGGUCACCACCGCCAUCCAUGUAGAGCUUGUAUCCGACCUGUCUACCCCCCUUUUUAUAGCAGCGUUAGAUCGUUUCAUUAGUCGAAGGGGUCGAUGUUCUGAUAUAUACAACGACUGUGGAACCAACUUUGUGGGCACUCAAAGGUAUUUGAAAGAAAUCGAUGCUAUUAUUCGUCAGCCCCACUAUGCUCAACACGUCGUGGAAAACCAGAUAAAAUGGCACUUCAAUCCCCUUGCAGAUCCUCAUAUGGGUGGCCUCUGGGAAGCUGCAGUGAAGUCAGUAAAAACCCUGCUCCACCGAAUCGUACUGGAUCGAGUGUUAACCUACGAGGAACUGAACACAGUCCUCCACCACGUAGAAGUAACUCUUAAUUCUAGACCCCUAAGUGCAAUGUCUUCAGACCCCAGCGAUUUCAGAACGCUGACAACUGGACAUUUCUUAACCAUGGAACCUCUUGUCGCUAUCCCAGCACCCAAAGAACCAGAACAAUCCAUAAUGAUAAGUAUACGUGAACGAUGGUCACUAGUCCAGCAAAUCCAACAUCAUUUUUGGAGCCGUUGGCAAAAGGAGUACCUCCACACUUUGCAAGAACGACCAAAAUGGACUCGAGUCACCCCCAACCUUCAAAUCGGGGACCUAGAACUGUUUAAAGGUCUGGUCAAUGGACUCCAAAGUUGA